AUGUCGGAUGCGCCAGAGGAGACUAGUACUGGCCUAUCGGAGCCGUCAUCGCAGACAGCGCAAACCCGUUGGCAAUUCAUUGAUGCUUCGAGCAACAGCCGGAGCAACCUGACCAGAGUGAAGCGCCAUGUCAUGCAAGAGUAUAUGCGGCAGAAACGCCACGGUACAUCGCAGUCCGGCAACGAGAAUGAUGAGCCUGCAAAGGAAAGCGAGGAGCUACCGUCACCCGCUCGUAGGCAGCCCAGAAACCAGAGCCAGAGUGCCAAGAAUACCACAGGGAAAACAAAAAAGGAGCGCAGCACGUAUCGAAGGAAGAAGGGCUCGGACGCGUCGUCCGCCCGUGAUGAGUUACCGUCGGCAGACAUACUGGCAAGGAAUGAUGAAAGCCCAGGCCAGAGCGAGGUGAACACCGUAUCCUCAUUGUUGCCCGAGGACAUUACCCUUCAGCUUCAAACAUUUCCGUCAUCCUCCCCCUUACGCGAUUUCUAUGCAUCAGGGGAGCAGAGUAGCACCUCCGAGUCUGACGCUCUAACGUCAUGGUCCUCUGCACCCACAACACCAUACGAACUAGCCCUGUCUCCCCGGUCAGUUCUUAGUGCCGCCCGAACAGAUCCAUUCAAUACCCUGCCCAUGGAUAUGGAUACAGAGGGCCACAAACUAUUCGAUUUUUACGUGAACGAAAUGCCGGCGUGCUCCUACGGCGCGCAUUUCCGGUCGCGCAAGGCGCACAACUGGUACACGGCAGUGUUCGUCCCCGAAGGUAUGAAAGGCGCUGUCGCAUUCCAGAACACCAUCCUUGUGCACGCGGCCAACACAUGGGCCUGGGUCCGGAACGAGAGAGAAAGCAAGAUGGGCCUCGUUCACCGGAAUCGGGCCAUCUCCAUGCUUCGGGAGCAUUUGGCCGAAAACCCAGGGGACAUCAGUGAUGUCGCGAUCAUCGCAUGUCUUAGUGCUGCCGGUUUGGAGGAUUUCGAUCCACGGCCUGGGCGCAAGCAGAUCAGCUGGAUCCAUAUGCGAGCUGCGCGGGAGAUGAUCCGCGCGCGCGGGGGUCCUGCAGCGUUCGAGAAUACCCGGCUGGGGAUGUUGAUCAACUGGCAGGAUUAUAUCCUAUCGGGGUAUGAGACGCACGGACCGAGCUUCUUCUACGAACCCACCCCGCCAAUACGACCGUCACAACCUCCGAGUAUGUCAAUAAGUCCAACGACCGGAUCUCGGCCAUCAGGCCAACACCUGUGCACCGACUUCGAAGGCAUCUUUGCAACGGCCCCUACCCUCUCACCCCAAGAUGAACUCCAACACCAGUGUGAGGAAUUCAUCGACUUCCUCCGACGCUGCGAGCAACUGUCCUACCACCAACACGCCCACUUCAACACCGCCAUCGCCCCCAUGCGCUGCACAGCCUUCCAACCCGACUCCCUUCUCUACCAGAUCCUCUCCGCACCGCCCGGCGCCCGAUUCACCGCCUCGGGGAACCGCAAGCAAUUCGUCGCGCGGCUCGUCGCCCUGAUCAUGCUCAACGCCGGCUUGUGGGAUUACCGCCUCUCCGUCGCACACAGCGAGGUCUUCCUGCAGACGCUCGAGCGCGCCGUGCUCGAGAGCGAGGUCAACCUGAGCGGAUCCGUCGAGGCGCUACUGCAGAUCAUGCUGGAGUGCAACGACGGGUAUGUCGAGCCGGCGUCGGCAUCGGCAUCGGCAUCGGCAUCGGCGUCCACCGCAGCGCUCGAUUUCACGCAGUAUUCUGCGGGGGGCCGCACGCCGGCCGGCCGGCCGUGGUUCGCGGGGCGGAUGCUCAAGGUCGCGAAGCGCGUCGGGUACACCUCGUGGAUGCGGGUGGUGGAGUUCCUGCUCGGGUGUCUGACGCUGCGGGCGGUGAAGGGGUCGGUUGCGGCGUGGGAGGGGGAGUUGCGGCGGGAGAUCCUGAGCGCGCCGCUGACGAGCUAUGUGAUGCCUGCGUUGCGGGGGUGA